AUGUUUCUCCGCCGUGCUGCCCCAGCGCUUGCUAAGCGCGCCAUAAUCCGCCCCGCUGCUACCCGGUCCUUUGCGCUCACCGCGCGCCGAACCUCCUCUGGCGACCCUAAAAUUGGCGAGAAGACCAGCCAACUGCAGCCUCUCGAUGAGAUCAAGAGCAUGCACGACCUUAUGCCCGCCGGUGGUAAGCCCGGUACCAUCCCCACCGAUCUCGAUCAGGCCACUGGUCUCGAGCGAUUGGAAAUCUUGGGAAAGAUGCAGGGAAUUGAUGUGUUUGAUAUGAGGCCUUUGGAUGCCUCGCGCAAGGGAACUCUAGAUGACCCCAUCACUGUCAAGUCCUUCGGUGACGAGCAGUACCUCGGCUGCACCGGUUUCCCUGUUGACACCCAUAAUGUCAUCUGGUUGACGACAUCUCGUGAUCGCCCUAUUGAGCGAUGCCCAGAGUGCGGUAGCGUGUACAAGCUGGAGUACGUUGGACCACAGGACGAUGGCCACGGACACCACGACCACGGGCAUGGAGACGCAGAUGGUCUACACAACUAUGAGGGUGAGCCAAAGACCAUGGCUGACUUCGUACGACCGGAGUACCGGUAG